AGUAGUGAAAGUAUGCCAGUCUGGGAUGAGGCACACAACAUCGACAUGCAGAUAUUAGUCCUGUGUAUCUCUGACGCUCUGAGUCCGCCAUGAGGUGUCCGGGUGCUUCAGCCUGGCCUCUCCGGUUGUCAGCACUGUGCGCCCGGGUACCAUCAGCCGAACGAACCGGAUCUCCGGAUCUGCAACACCGAAGAGACCUGAACGUCCAGGCGGCGACAGAGUCAGGGAAGCUGAAGAGCAUCGAUGACUUGCCAGGACCCCGGUUACCCACCACUUUAUACUGGUUAUUUAUCCAAGGAUAUGCGGACAAAAGCCAUUUACUCCAGGUAAAUUCGCCUCUCUGUUGAUAACUCUUUCACUUAUUUAAGCCUGAAGCCAACCAUUACUUUUUAAAACUUGUAAACCACAGCCAACUUUAACUCAAGAAAGAAUAUAAGCAGCCUUUAUUUUCCUCUGACCAAUCUGAGUCAGGAUCCAAAGACCAGGGGUUUACUGUGAUAGUGAGUACUAUAAUAGGAGUACUCGCAGUAAAACAGCUCAGGUGAACUCUUUUAUAAUCUUACAAUUACAUUUCCAGUGACUGUUGUCUACAUCAAAAGAGUAUUACUUUUUAUGUAGUUGUAAAAACAGAAACAGCAUUAUGAGAGCUCAGAUUGUGGUCCAGCUGUUAUAGAAAACACUUCAAAUACUCCUGAAGAUAAAAGACAUGAUUGAAUGUUCAUAAAUGACCUUUAACAUGAAUUUAAUCCUUAGAUUUACACACAUUGUGACACUGUUUUUCAGAAUGUUCAAAAGAAUCUGUAUGGACCCAUCUGGCGCUCCAGGUUCGGCCCAUUUGACAUUGUCAAUGUGGCGACUCCAGAACUUAUAGCUCAAGUAAUUCGACAGGAGGGUCGGUACCCGGUCCGAGCUGAGCUGCCACACUGGAAAGAGUACCGAGACCUUAGGGGACAGGCCUAUGGUCUGCACGUGGAGUGAGUGGAGACAAACAAUGGCUUUUUUUUAUGUAAAAUAAUCAUCUGAAAUGUGACUUGGAUGUCAGAUCUGAUCGACUGACUGUCAGACUGUACUUGUCUGUGAAUGAGUCUUUCAGCGCUGGAGAACCACUAUCUCUCUUUUCUUUUCCAGCACUGGACAGGAGUGGUACAGGAUCCGCAGCGCUCUAAACCCCAAGAUGCUGAAGCUUAAGGAAGUGUCAGCCUACGCCCCCAUGAUCCAUCAGGUGGUUGGGGAUCUGCUGCAGCGUAUUGAGCUCCUCCGAUGUCGCAGCCAGGAUCAGACAACUGUCUCGGAUAUAGCUGCUGAGCUCUACAAAUUUGGCUUUGAAGGUGGGUUUGUCACGGUAGAAGUGAUAGAGGUCAUGGUGUCACUUUCAGACUAAAUCUUGCCUCCUUGCAGGUAUCUCCUCCAUCUUGUUUGAGACCAGGUUGGGCUGCCUGCAGGAGGAGAUUCCAGAGGACACGCUGCGUUUCAUCCGUGCCGUCAAUGACAUGCUGAAGCUGUCAGAGACUGUGGUGUUCUUCCCCCGCUGGAGCCGCAGUAUCUUCCCUUACUGGGGACGUUUUGUGAAGGCCUGGGACGACCUCUGUGACGUAGGUAUGCAGCAUAAGACACAGUUAAAGAAGAAAAUAUCUUCCCUUUUCCCUUUUUUCAUGAGUUUACACAAAAAUACACAAGCACCUGAGAGAGAGAGCUUUGUGUGUAUCUGCACUGAAACUCUUGAAUUCACUGCCUUUAAUAUUAGGACAGCAAGCUCUUUCUGUGUUUAAAAAGAAAAUAUGUUAAAGUUAAAGACCAAGCUUUUAAUCCGGAUCUUAGACUAAUUGGACUUUAUUUCAUUUUUUCAACAGAUUUUAAUUUGUUUCAUUGUCCUUUUUUUCACUGUAUUGAUUCGAUUGUGUUCGUGUCUCACCUGGCGAGUGUUGUGUUUGUGUGUUUUUGACUCGGACAGCUCAGACCCUCAUCGACAGAAGACUUGCUGAGAUAAAAACUCAGAUGUGCAGUGGUGAGCAGACAGAGGGGAUGUACCUGACCUACCUGCUGUCUUCUGACAAACUGACCACGGCUGAGGUCUAUAUCAGCAUCACGGAGCUGCUGCUGGGAGGGGUCGACACGGUGAGAGGGGUGUGAUGGUCUUAGUUCAUACACUUACAUCAUAUACAUACAUCUCACCAUAUGGGGAAUGAUUGUCAUUCUGCUUCCUGCCUUUUUAAAACACACAGCUGUGCUGCCAAGUUCAAGCUAAAAGAGCUUUUGCAGAUAAACACUGUGCCUCUGUCUCCGCUCCCUCUGGGCUGCUUUUUCUUCUCUCAUUCCUUCGUCAUAUGCUGAUGUAGCUGAUUGGCACAGUCCUAAAACUGGAUUUCCUACGAAGCUCUGGGGCUGUCUUUUCUCAAAAACCCAUACUCUUACUUUCCGCUGACUUGGUUUGAAAAAGCUCCUGCUCUGAUCUUACUCACUUAACUAGAGGUGUGGACUUUGACUCAGGAUCGUCUGGCAACAUUCCCUCUUCCUCACACAUUUGUACAACACACAUUAACUUUGUCACUUUGUCAGAAAAAGACACUUUUCAGUCAGGAUAUAUCUAUUUUGACGCCGACAGAGAUCAGACUGAUUUCUCUUAAAGAAACAUUCCUGCAGCUCUCUGCGCCCCGCAGUUAAACCAGUGUUUUGCAGAGGGACAUAGCACAGCUUUUGUUGCUUCUCGUAGGCAGAGCUCGUCUGGCUGCAUUCCCCGGUGAGGUUGAGGCUUGUUAAUGUUCUGGCUACAAGCUGAAGGUUUGUGAAAUGUUAUUUCUGCUCAACUGUGGCCUGAGGGUGAAAUCAUCAUGGUUUGAUUUGGAAAUCACUUUCUGUGGAAUCAAAAAACACAGAAGUGAAAACUAAGAAACAAGCUGGAGUGAUGAUUCAUUAACUCCAAAGACUGUUCAUUUGCUUUGUUUCCAUCGUUUCUACUCAGAGAACAAAGCCCCUAUUUUACUCCUGCUCUCUUUUCCCCUCAGACCUCCAACACGCUGUCCUGGGCGUUGUACCAUUUAGCGGGGGACCAGGCGGCCCAGAAUUAUCUAUACAAAGAGGUGAACUCUGUGUGUCCGGGCAGACGUGAGCCAACCACAGAAGACCUGAGCAGGAUGCCGUUCCUAAAAGCUGUUAUCAAAGAGACAUUACGGUGAGCUGAAAGGGUUUGUCUCUAUGAACACAAAAGAUUGUGCACCAGUUCUGAGCACUGAUUCCUCUUUUUAAAUACUUGUUUUAAAGAGACAGACAGAAACCAAGAAUCAAUGCCAAUCAUUAGAGAAAAUGUCAAAUAUUUUUGGGAAAUGAUUCAAUGCUGAGAUGUGGCUGCAGCAUUUUUUUCAGUGUGCAAAUGAUAAACAACGGCUGGAUUGUUUUCUGCCAUCUGUUAAAUAUUCCACUAUAGAAGAGGAACAUAAGUAGAUGUUUGAUUAUUCAAAAGUUUUCCAUGUCAGUGAGUAUUUUGGCAUGUUGCUUCACAUCUACUACCUCUGCUCUGAUCUGUGCGGGCAGAGCUACAAACCUGUUUGACAUCAGCUGUUAUCUUUAUCUGGUCUUAAACAGAGGUCCAAAAACAAUAAAGAGGAAUUGACUACUAGACAAACAUGUGCUCCAGGCCACAUUGCUCUGAUUUGAAAUGUGAUUGUCAUCUGUGUCUACGUCAGCCUCUAUCCUGUGGUCCCUGGAAAUGGACGCUUUAUUUCAGAGAACGAGGUGGUUGUGGACAACUACUGGUUCCCAAAAAAGGUAGGAUGUGGUUUUCUUUGAGAGUGUGGUGGUAACUGCUUUAGAGAAACUGAUGUGCCGACUUUCUUUUCAGACUCAGUUCCAUCUGUGUCAUUAUGCAACCAGUCACGAUGAGGCGGAGUUUGUAGAUGCAGAGCUCUUCAUCCCAGAGCGCUGGCUUCGUGCUGAGGUACCCAGCAGCACCUGUGGCAGAAGGGGGAAGUCCAGCUUCUACCAGCAUCAUCCUUACAGCUUCAUCCCCUUUGGUGUUGGGGUACGAGCCUGUGUGGGGAAGAGAGUGGCCGAGAUGGAGAUGCACUUUGCCUUGUCCAGGGUGAGAGAUAAAGCUUUGAUUCAUGAAAGGCUAGUCAUGAUAGGUACAGUGAUUAAUGUGUGUCAUCCUGCAGUUGAUGCAGCACUAUGAGGUCCAGCCUAAAGAUGGCGCCACGGUCGUGGAGCCGAAAACAAGAACCCUGCUCAUCCCUGCAAAGCCCAUCAACCUGCGCUUCCUGCCACGAGCCUGAUGGAGGCUCCACCCUGUGUACUGAGGCUGUAAUAACUCUAACUUUGCUGCACUGAAAGCGAUCUUCCCACUUGAUUAAAAAAAAAUUAAAAACAAAUUCGACAAGUUUCCUUUAAGUUUAAUCGGGAUAUUCUUGCAGGGACUGAACUAAAGGUGCUUACUGCUUGAGUCAUCCUAGAAAUGGAACAAAUCAGUUCAUGAUUCUGGGGGACACACUGUGCCCACUCCAUCCCCAAAAUGUGACAUACAGCUCACAGCCUCCAAUCAAGUGUUUAAGUUUGAUGCUCAGACUCUGAAAAGGCAUGUCUGGUAUGUUUGUGUGUGUUUUACUGCUUUCUGCUGCCCCCCUCUGGCAACAAGACAAACAGCCUGCUAUGAUACCAGUUUUAGCUUUUUUAUCAUGAAAUCAGAUUUGAUUGAUAAAGACAAGAGGACUGAGAAAGAUCGAAAUGAGAGAAGAAAAAGAAAGAGAGUAGGAAAGGAGAGGUGGGAAUAAAGGUACAGAAGGUGAAGCAGCUCUGAUCUGUUUAAUGUGUAAAUAGCUUUAACUGGAUAUAUUAUUUUACUAAGCUCAAUUUUUUUAAAGAGAUUUUAACCAUACCUGUGUUUGUACUUAAUAUCACCUUUGUAUGCUUUUGUUUUAGCAGCAGUUUAUAUCUUCUAUUAAAAUGUAUUUGAAGAUGAGAUACAAAUAAAACGUAUAUUUUCAGAGUA